UUAUCAUUGUUUUCAGAUCCCAAUUGGAGAUUUUAUACUAAAUUCAGCACUAUUUUGUCUUAAUCUUUUAUGGGGUUGCCAUUGUUGUUCUUGGAGUUUUGAAAUAUGGCUGUUGUUGGAUCAAUCAAAGACAGAGGGGAGGUGAGGAUUCAUGAAAGUUUGGAUGAACUUAGCAGAGAUUUGGUUGAUUAUAUUGCAGAAUUAUCUGAGAUAUCGAUCAAAGAACGAGGCGUUUUUGCUGUUGCUCUAUCGGGUGGAUCGCUCAUUAGCUUGAUAAGGAAACUGUGUGAAGCUCCUUACAGUAAGACGGUGGAUUGGUCGAAAUGGUAUAUAUUUUGGGCCGAUGAACGUGUUGUGGCCAAGAACCAUGUUGAUAGCAACUAUAAGCUUGCCAAGGAUCAUCUUUUGUCCAAGUUACCUAUUGUUCCCGGCCAUGUACAUUCCAUCAAUGAUUCUCUCACUGCAGAAGAAGCCGCCAACGAGUAUGAAUUCGUCAUUCGACAACUAGUCAAGACUCGUGUGAUCAACGUUUCCGCCAUCAACGACUGCCCGAAGUUUGACCUAAUCCUUCUCGGGAUUGGCCCAGAUGGCCACGUGGCGUCUCUAUUUCCUGACCAUUCAAUGCUCGAAGAAAAACACGAAUGGGUGACCUUCAUCACCGACUCCCCAAAACCUCCACUGGAAAGAAUCACAUUCACCCUGCCGGUGAUCAAUUCUGCCGCCAACGUGGUGAUGGCGGCAAUAGGUGGAGGGAAAGCGGAGGCCGCCCAUUUGGCAAUUGAUGACGUGGGUUCUGAAUGUCCUGUGUUGCCUGCUAGGAUGGUUCAACCCGAUGUAGGGAAAUUGAUGUGGUUUUUGGAUUGUCAGGCUGCUUCAAAGCUCAAAAGAUUUUGUUAGUUGUGUGGUCAGUGUGUUGUUUUGAUUGAAAUUAUGAGAAUAUUGUUAAAAGUUUGAUGUC